CGGGCGUGAGGCGUGAGGUGUGGGAGUGACGGCGCGUGCCGCCAGGAGCGCUGCGGGCGGCGCGCUGACGUCACGGCGGGCAGGUUAUAUGAGCGGGGCGGGGCGGGGCGGGGCUCAGUGUUGCUCGAGGACCGCCAUGAGGACCCUGUUGCUGGAGCUACUGCUGCUGGCCGCCGCCACGGCGCUACCCCAUGCCGGGCAGCCCGCUGCGGUGGAAGAGUUCCUUCUGCCGAGAGAGGUCGUCUACACGUCACCAGACUCCUGGUUCGGUGGCCUCCCCCCGUUGUUCAACUUCUUCAACUUCAACACUGGCUUAAGUGAUUUCAUUGCAAGAAUGAAUCCGUUUGGAGAAGACAUCUCGGAGCUGAUCAGCAAGGGAAACACGACAUCCGAGACGAAGGUGGUGAACGGCACGGUCAUCACGAGGAACACGACCACCUACAUCGACGACGAGUUGGGCACCGUGGUGCACGUGAGCAGUGUCGACAUCCGGCCCUCGGACAAGACGCCCGGCCAGCCCGAAGCCGCGACGACUCCGGCCGGCAACGAGCCAGAGUCCACGGAGCAGAUCGAUGCCGACUUCCCUCAGAAUGCCGCGGAUAUUGACAUGCCCGACAAAGAAAGCAACGAGAUCUCCAAUGACAAGGUUGGUUCUUCCGACCCGUGACAUCGCGGCAUCCGUGCCUGGCGCCCUCGCACCGGACUUCGACAGACAUUGCUGGCUUAGCUUGGGCACAACACAUUCUCGUUAUUUCAUCUUCACAGUGUAGAUACUCUCUCUCCGUUGCAUUGCCUCAAAACAACAGUCAAUAUUAACCGACACUGUUUCAUAAUAUACUAGACAUUCUUCUAGUACUACAUAAGGCAUUACCAAGGUUAGUAGAGGGUCACCUCUAUCGACUGCACAUCGUUCUGUGUACGACAUCACUUGCAGCCCCCUGGUGACUCUUACUUGCCACUUCGCAAGCCAGCCUGUAUGACGUCGAUUACAUAAGCUGACUUUUCUAGUAACUCGCCGCUCACCUAGCUCCAGCGAGAAAAGCUGAAGACUAGUUUACUUUUCUCACUUCUCAUUUGCCAUCGCUGUGUUUUUAUCGCCAUUUGUAUAAAUUAUAGAAGUCUUUAUAAACUUCUCAAGUACAAAAUUGUUUUUAAAAAGUUAUCGUUUUCUUUAUUAAAAAAACUUAAAAAAUAAAUAAUUUUAAACAACUGAAAUACAAUUGGAUUCACAAAAAAAAAAUAUAACCUCGCAUGAAAUGUCGAGCAAGUGAAUAAGCCAAAUAGUUUUGGUGGUCGUGUGAAAGUGUCAUUCACUGAGUUAGUGCAACACAUUACACCCAUAAGUAAUUACUAAACUGAUUUAAUGUAAUUAAUGAAACAUCAGUUUAAAGAUUUUAAUUAUUAAUAAAAAAUAGCAAUUUCAAGCAAGUAGCUACAAAAAUAGACAACUCCUACAUAACUUUCUCGCUGAAUAAGUUAGCGAUGAGUUAACUAGUCAGUACGAGAACAGUUCAACGAAUUUGUUUGCAACAAGUGGAUUAACAAGCAAAUAGCUACGUAUUGUAUUCUUACAAUACAAUUGUCUUUUUACAGAAUUGUAAGUUGAAUCUUAUGUUAUAUAAGUGAAUGAACACUGUUUAAAAACACGUAACUUUUUCAUGAUAUAAUAUUUAAAUGCUAGGCGACUUGUGAUAUGUAAAUGACUGUAUAUGCGGUUACUGUAUUGUGCAUGUAGUUCACAGAACAUUCAAGUAUGUUUUCUUUGGAAGAUUUUGUUUUAUUUUAAUUAUGUAUCCAUAAUUUUUUCCAAAAUCACUAAAUAGGUACUAAAUUAUUGCUGACAUAAAACACUAUUUGGGUAGAAAUAAAACUAAAAAAAGAAGAGAGAUUUGUGUAUUGACCUCGAGAUCUAGGCUAUGGGGACGCAGACGUAGGGUCAGCUUUCGACAUUGUUGUGGGAUGCAGAUGUCUCUACUAACCUUGGGACAGUAACAUCUCUGUAACUUUCCACCAUCAAUGAAUACAUUUAUGUUAUAGUUUUAGGUGCUUGUAGCAUCAUAGGUUUGUAAAAUAUAAUUUGUUUAUCUAAUGUAUAGAAUUUUAAUGUUGUUUUCCUUUGUAAAUAUUAUCAUUUAUGGAACCAAUAAUAGGGUUAAGUGUUAAAAAUAUGGUUGCACUUUUAUUACAUUAUCAUUUUAGAUUAUUAUAGUAUGAGACUAGAUCCCUAUUAAAUAAGGUCCAUGUAUAAGUCUAAAAUUUUUGUUGUACGUAAAAAGUGACUCAAAAGGUUUUUUUCAGUUGCAUCACACAUGCAUUAUGUAACAAGAAAAUGGAAUACUAUGUAUUAUAUAACACACAUUACCAUGUUUGCAAACGUUCUGAUGGUUGAAUUGUAUCCUGUAGGCUGAAGUGAUUGAGCAUCUUAAUUUCUUCAUAGCCUGGCAGUGAUGAACACUUCUCUUUUCAACGUCAAUAUUUUUUACACAUUACAUUUAAAUUCUAGUUUGUGAACUAGAAAUACUGUUUUACAAAUGUACAGUAUGAUGCUAACUAUUCUAAGAAUGUUUUGUUUGCAUGUUACCAGAAAGGAUUAAUAUUAAAGAUUAAUACAUUUA